AUGGCGAAAACUUGCACCUUAUUAGCGCUAAUUGGCGCACUGGUGGUGGUCUCACUUCUCGUGGGCCCCGCUGCUUGCUCCCGCAAGCUCUCCAAGCCGCUCAGCCACAAGCCUGCAAUCAAGGCGCCCCACAACAACCAUAGUACCAUCACUGGCCCGUCGGACGCCUACGGCUCCGGCGGCUGGUUAUACGGCGGCGCAACGUAUUACGGCGCCCCCAACGGCGACGGAAGCGACGGUGGCGCGUGCGGCUACCAAAGCGCUGUCGGGAACCGGCCAUUCUCGUCGAUGAUCGCCGCCGGGAACCCCAAUCUUUUCAAGGGAGGGAAGGGCUGCGGCGCGUGCUACGAGGUUAAAUGUACAGGCAACCUGGCGUGCUCCGGCCAGCCGGCGACGGUCGUCAUCACCGACGAAUGCCCCGGCGGGGCGGCCUGCCUUGGCGAGGCGGCCCACUUCGACAUGAGCGGGACCUCCAUGGGGGCCAUGGCCAAGCCUGGCAUGGCCGACAAACUGCGUGCCAGUGGCAUCCUCAAGAUUCAGUACAAGAGGGUGCCAUGCAAGUACAGCGGCGUGAACAUCGCCUUCAGGGUGGACCAGGGGUCGAACCCGUUCUACCUGGAGGUCCUGAUCGAGUUCGAGGACGACGACGGCGACCUCAACGCCGUGGACCUCAUGGAGGCCAACAGCGGCACCUGGACGCCGAUGGUGCAGAACUGGGGCGCGCUGUGGCGCCUCAAUUCCAACACCGGCAAGCCGCUGCGCGGGCCCUUCUCGCUCCGGCUCACCUCUGACUCCAACAGGAAGCUCGUCGUCAACAACGUCAUCCCCGCCACCUGGAAGGCCGGACAGACGUACCGCUCCUUGGUCAACUACCCCUAAAUUAUUUACAGCUUCGUGCUUUUUUUUCCUUUUUCACUGCGCUGUGCUUGGCAAGUAAAACCACGAAGGUGCAGAGUACGGUAAUUAUUUGCGAGCCGUAUGUUAAUUAUCAUGUCGCGAGGAGUAUGCGUCCGGGAGUUUCGAGAGGCGGUGUCAGAAGAGGAGGAGCAGCUUAAAAAGAUUGUGAUCUUCCCUCCAUGGUCUCCGCAUUCCCCUAGUGACGCGUGCCGUUGAUCUGUGUGUAAUUUGUUUUUUGUUCUUCCCCUGUUUUGUUGGGGCAGGAAAAGCUUUUUUAGUUGUAUCAAGUUUUUUUUUUCAGAGAGAGCACCCGAUGUAUCAAGUUGUGUGUGUUUUUGCAACGCAAUCAUUGAGUGAAAUGAAUCUUUACGAUCACAGAUAAUUUUGUGCCAA